GACUUUAUCCGCGCCUAUCUGUCUGUCUUAACAUGAAAACUGAUAGUGGGCUGAGUGGGUCUUCCGCCUUAUCCUGCCGAAAAAAAAUUUCGAAUUGAAGAAAUUCAUUCAAGUCGCCUCCACUACGCGCCUUAAUUUCUUCCUCCAUAAGGUCGUGUGCAAAUGAAACACUUCCUUCACAACCUCAAUUGCUAAUUCUUGUGAGGAAAAUUCCAAUACUCUGCCAUAAUGCUCAAGUCUUCUUUGCAGAGGCAUGCCCGCCUGGGUAAUUUGGCCCGUCGUCAACUCUCGACCUUGGUCUCGCAACAGAUUCGUUCUCGACCAGUCGUAGCAUCAUGCCAGAGGCUGGCGCAAAGAGAGCGACAGCUAGUCCCUCUGAAACAAAUUGCGCUGCGGUUAUACUCUCAAGGGUCCGCCGCAGCUUACGCUAAUACGCAGACUGACGACUCGCCGGCUUCAUUAUACAAUACAACACGAUUUGAAGAUCUAGCAAAAUUAGGUGUUGACGAACGUAUCAUUCGAGCUAUCACCGUGGACAUGAAAUAUGAUAGCAUGACUGAGGUCCAGUCAUUAACUAUCAACCCAGCUCUCAAGGGAGUCGAUCUGGUGGCACAAGCAAAGACAGGAACAGGCAAGACCUUAGGCUUCCUUAUCCCUGUCUUCCAGCGUCUCAUUGCGGCUGAUCCAAGUCUUGCUUCCCCGCAACACCGCCGAGAUGCUUCUUCAAAAGAUAUCCGUGCUAUAGUUCUAUCUCCUACACGUGAGUUAGCAGAGCAGAUUGGCGUUGAGGCCAGGAAGUUAGCGCGACACACCGGACUUGUCGUCCAAACCGCUGUUGGUGGGACAAGGAAGAGGGAAGCUAUGUUCAAGAUGCAGCGGGAGGGAUGCGACGUACUCAUUGCGACUCCGGGCAGGCUCCACGAUAUCCUAUCAGAUCCUAGUACUGGGGUUGACGCGCCGAAAAUACAAUCAUUUGUAUUGGAUGAGGCCGACCGCAUGUUAGAUGUUGGCUUUGCGGACGCUAUCCGCGACAUUGUCGACCUUUUCCCGCCAAUUAGCCAAGUCGACCGUCAAACACUUUUAUUCUCUGCGACUAUCCCCCGAGAUGUUGUACAUCUAGCCAAGAGUAUGGUCAAGACAGAUAAUUUUGAUUUUGUUCAAACCAUCAACCCAGACGAGACUCCAACCCACGCACGUAUUCCGCAACACCUUGUAGCCGCGAAAGGCUACGAGAAUUGGUUCCCAGCCGUCCUUGAAAUUGCUGAUCGGGCAAUCAAGAAUUCUAAGAACAACCCCGAUGCCCUUCCUUUUAAGGCAAUACUCUUUUUCUCAAACACAGCUACCGUCCAGUUUGCCAACCGCGUAAUCAAGAACACCCCCCUAGGAAACAGAUUCAACGGUGUGCCAAUAUUCGAUAUCCAUUCAAAACUUACCCAAGACACACGAACCAGGAAUGCUGAGGCUUUCCGUCGUGCUCAAACCGGUAUCCUUGUUUCGUCAGAUGUUACCGCCAGAGGAAUGGAUUUCCCCAAUGUAUCCCAUGUCAUUCAAAUUGGUCUUCCCCCAGACAGAGAUCAAUAUAUCCACAGAGUCGGCCGAACAGGUCGCGCUGGAAAAGCUGGAGAGGGUUGGUUGAUUCUGGCCGAGGAAGAGAUCAAGGAAGCACGAGUUCGUCUUCCUGGCUUACCUAUCAAGCCUAACAACACCAUACAAAGUGCAAGCCACACCCUAGGACAGGGCACCCCAUCUCCGGAAGUGGCUCAAUUUUUCGAGGAUAUAUCUAAGGCCUAUGAGCGCGUCCCAAAAGACCUCUUCGCAUCUGUCUAUAAUGCUCUGCUCGGCCAAAAGUUUGGAAGAAAUUUGGACGUCGGGGAUUGCGUCCGGCUCCUUAAUAAUUGGUGUAAAGUUGGGCUUGGUUGGGAAGAGACACCCGCCAUUACCCCAACCUCGGCCAGGAACCGCGGCUUAGACAGAAUACCGGGUAUCAGACUCGGGUUCGAUAACUAUGAAAGAGAGUCGGACGAUCGACGAGGUGGUGGAUUCGGCUCGUAUGGUGGUCGAGGUGGUGGGUUCAACUCAAAUGACCGACGUGGUGGUGGUGGUGGUUUCAGUUCGAAUGGUGGCCGAGGUGGCGGUUCUGACUCAGGCUCCAGAUUCAACUCUAGAGAUCGUCGUGGAGGAGGUGACCCGUUUGCCCGCCGCGUAAGUUCAGAUUAUGAGUCUCGCGGAAGACAACCUUCUCGAGCAUCCUUCUAGGAGACUCGCGACCUCUCCCUAUAAUGGGAGUGACAGUUGAUUUCUCAAGAUUCGUUAUCUUGUGCUUAAUUUUCUAAUGUACUAUGCUGCUUCGGAAGCAAACUCCCCUUCCUAGG